UCGCUAUUCGUCCGUUCUGUCACGAGCCUCGUCCGUGAACACCGACCUGGCGCGGCAGAAACGAAACCGACGACCUCGAACCGAAUUACAGAUUAGAUAUUUUUAUUUUUCCUCUCAAAAGAUCAACCGGUCUGCCGAGAAACCCGCUAGAUCUGGCCGUCUCCGACCGCUCUGGUCAUUCCGGGUGAUGUAUUCUAACGUUUGAUAGCGCUAGCCAGCCAGCUAGCUGCUCAGCUCAGCUAGCUCGCCGUGCCGUGACUCACAGUGAGCAGAAAGGAGAGAUCACUUAUUAUUUUUUAAUUUCUUUAUUCCCCCUCCCAGUCGUAGCUAUAUGUUUUGUAGGACAUCCGCUCGUCAGCAGUACUUUGUGAGGAAGCUGUCCGCUGUAAAACUGCAGAUACAGACCAAAUGACUCGCGUCGUCAUUUGGGCCAAAUUUGUGAACCGCUGGGUUUGAAUGAAUUUAAACGCCAACGGUCGGAGCGUAGCUAACGCUAGCUCACCUUAAUACACGCUUAACACUUAAACAGCCAGAGGCUUCCGACUUUAGCAGGUUUACCUUAUUGCCCUUAAUAAGCCACUGUAUUUAACGUUAGGUGGCUAACUAACUCGCUAGCAAGUUGGUUAGCAGCCUAAACAUCCAUCAGAAGCGCCAGAGUCGUUAGCUAGCUUCUCCGUUAGCUUGGUGUUUGCUAGGCUGCAAAGCAGGCGAAACGUAUUCUAUUUUUUUUUUAAAGCGAGGUGGGCUAAACCAUCGCAAACCAUCUGGAAAUACUUAGUUUUUCGUGUGAGUGAGAAAGAGGGAGGAAAAAAAUCCUGCAAAGAUGCCGGCUGUGUCGAAAGGAGACGGAAUGCGAGGAUUAGCGGUGUUCAUUUCGGACAUAAGAAACUGCAAAAGCAAGGAGGCUGAGAUCAAGCGCAUCAACAAAGAGCUGGCCAACAUCCGCUCAAAGUUUAAGGGGGACAAGGCUCUGGAUGGCUACAGCAAGAAGAAGUAUGUGUGCAAACUGCUCUUCAUCUUCCUCCUGGGCCAUGACAUCGACUUUGGCCACAUGGAGGCAGUCAACCUGCUCAGCUCGAACAAGUACACCGAGAAACAGAUUGGUUAUUUGUUCAUCUCUGUGCUGGUGAACAGCAACAGUGAGCUGAUCAGGCUGAUCAAUAACGCUAUAAAGAACGACCUGUCUAGCAGGAACCCCACCUUCAUGUGUCUGGCCUUGCACUGCAUUGCCAACGUGGGUAGCAGGGAGAUGGCUGAGGCCUUCGCCGGAGAGAUCCCUCGCAUCCUGGUGGCAGGGGACACGAUGGACAGUGUGAAACAGUCUGCUGCUCUGUGCCUGCUGCGGCUCUACAGGACCUCUCCAGACCUAGUUCUGAUGGGAGAGUGGACCUCCAGAGUGGUGCACCUGCUCAACGAUCAGCACAUGGGAGUCGUCACUGCUGCCAUUUCCCUCAUCACCUGCCUCAGCCAGAAAAACCCAGAGGAGUUUAAAACCUGCGUUUCACUCGCAGUGUCUCGCCUCAGCAGGAUUGUGUCGUCAGCAUCCACUGACCUGCAGGACUACACCUAUUACUUUGUCCCUGCUCCUUGGCUCUCCUGCAAGCUGCUCCGUCUCCUGCAGUGCUACCCUCCGCCUGAGGAUGGCGCCGUCAAGGGCCGGCUAGUGGAAUGUCUCGAGACCAUUCUUAACAAAGCCCAAGAGCCACCCAAGUCCAAGAAGGUCCAGCACUCAAACGCCAAGAACGCCAUACUGUUUGAAGCCAUCGCCCUCAUUAUUCAUUAUGACAGUGAACCCAAUCUCUUGGUGCGGGCGUGCAACCAGCUUGGUCAGUUCCUGCAGCACAGAGAGACCAACUUGCGCUACCUGGCCCUGGAGAGUAUGUGUACCCUCGCCAGCUCAGAGUUCUCCCAUGAGGCCGUCAAAACACACAUUGAGACGGUUAUCAACGCCCUUAAGACUGAAAGGGACGUCAGCGUCCGCCAGAGAGCAGCCGACCUGCUUUAUGCCAUGUGCGACCGCAGCAACGCCAAGCAGAUUGUUGCAGAGAUGCUGAGUUACCUGGAGACAGCUGACUACUCCAUCAGAGAAGAGAUGGUGUUGAAGGUGGCCAUCCUGGCAGAGAAGUAUGCAGUGGAUUACUCUUGGUACGUGGACACCAUCCUGAACCUGAUCCGCAUUGCUGGAGACUAUGUGAGUGAGGAAGUUUGGUACCGUGUCAUCCAAAUUGUCAUCAACCGGGACGAUGUGCAGGGAUACGCCGCCAAGACUGUCUUUGAGGCCCUGCAGGCUCCAGCUUGUCAUGAGAACAUGGUGAAGGUUGGUGGUUACAUCCUGGGAGAGUUCGGUAACCUUAUUGCUGGUGACCCUCGCUCUAGUCCACUGGUUCAGUUUAACCUCCUGCACUCCAAGUUCCACCUGUGUUCGGUGCCCACACGUGCUCUGCUCCUGUCUGCCUAUAUAAAGUUUAUUAAUCUGUUCCCUGAGACCAAACCCACCAUCCAGGAGGUGCUGCGCUGUGACAGUCAGAUCAGAAACAGCGAUGUAGAGCUGCAGCAAAGAGCCGUGGAGUACCUCAAACUGUCCUCCAUCGCCAGCACGGACGUACUGGCUACAGUGCUGGAGGAGAUGCCUCCAUUCCCUGAGAGGGAGUCCUCCAUCCUGGCGAAACUGAAGAAGAAAAAAGGGCCCGGUGCAGUGUCCGGCAAUGAACUUGAAGAGGGCAAGAGAGAGGGAGGAGAGUUGAACGGAGCAGGAGAACGACCCGGAGAUAGCUCGGCCAUAGGAGCGUCCAACGCUUCCACUCCUUCUCCGUCAGCUGACCUCCUCGGUCUUCGCUCAGCUGCUCCUGUCAGUGCUGCGCCACCCAGUGCAGGCAGCCUAUUGGUUGACGUCUUCUCAGAGGCGGGCCCAGCUGCUCCUGCUGCUGGUGUAAAUGACGACGGCUUCCUGAGAGAUCUGGAACCUCCCACUGAGAGCUCUGACUCCUUAUUGGCUGAGGGUCCUGGUGACUCUGACUCUGCUCCUCCUUCUGUGGUGUCUGAAGAUCCUGCUCCUCCUCUGCCUGAGUCAGACGAACUGCUUAACAAGUUUGUGUGUAAGAAUAAUGGAGUCUUGUUUGAGAAUCAGCUCCUUCAGAUUGGCGUCAAGUCCGAGUAUCGUCAGAACCUUGGACGGAUGUAUCUGUUCUAUGGCAAUAAGACAUCAGUGCAAUUUGUCAGCUUCACCACUACAGUCAGCUGCCCAGGAGAACUUCAGUCUCAGCUGAAUGUUCAGUUGAAGCCUGUGGACCCCCUGGUGGAGGGAGGUGCUCAAGUGCAGCAGGUUAUCAACAUUGAGUGUCUGACUGUCUUUUCUGACGCACCACUUCUCAACAUCAAGUUCAGGUAUGGUGGGGCUCUGCAGAACCUUACACUCAAGCUGCCCGUCACCAUCAACAAGUUCUUCCAGCCCACUGAGAUGGCUUCUCAUGACUUCUUUCAGCGCUGGAAACAGCUCAGCCAGCCUCAGCAAGAAGCACAAAAGAUCUUUAAGGCAAACCAUGCCAUGGACACAGAAGUGCUCAAAGCUAAGUUGCUGGGAUUGGGUACAGCCCUGCUGGAGAAAGUGGAUCCUAACCCAGACAACUUUGUGUGUGCCGGAGUGAUCCAAACCAAGGCCCAACAAGUGGGCUGUCUACUGAGACUUGAGCCCAACGCACAAGCCCAGAUGUACCGGUUGACUUUGCGCAGCAGUAAGGACACCGUUGCCAAGCGUCUCUGCGAGCUGCUGGCAGAACAGUUCUAGAAUCAGCUUCUAGAACCCGCGUCUAGACCAUCACCUUCUAGAACCGAGAAGAACCACGACCAGACCAGCGUUCCACCUUCCAGAACCCUGAACAAAGAAUCUCCAAAAGCAUUCGUACAUAAGGGAAAAAGUAGCUGCCGGCCUUAACGGCAGCAAUAUUACUGUCCUAAUUCUGAUCAUUAUGAUUAUUAUUGUAUAUUAUCAUCAGCGCUACCGUUCUUGUUUUUAUUGGUGUUUACCUGUGUGUGAGCAGUGAAAGGAAGCGUGUCCGCCUGCGUGUGUGUGUGGAUGAAUGAGUGCGUGAGCAUAUUGGCACACGCACGAAAGAAUUGUAAUAGUUCAAAUUUUUUUUCCCGUCCUGCCUGUUAACCAGUCCACCUGUGCUUGUGUUGACAGCUGGUGUGGGUCGUGGAAGGAGUGAAAGAAAAGAGGGAGCGACCGAGAAAGAGACGGAAAGACGUUCUUCCCCUUUUUCUCUCUCUCUCUCUCUUUGUCUCUGUGCGUUCCACAGUAUUUCAAUCUGUAAGCAUUCCUAGGACAUACUUGGGAGAACAUUAUACACGCACGCACACUCGUUCUACGCGUGUCCCGUCGCACAUGAGCCGUUUCUGUGGAACAUUCCGUGUUGGCUAGUUAGAAGGGGGUCUUUUGAAGGACCGGCUCCUGAGCUGGACAAAAUAAAUGAAUAAAAGUAACACUGCAAUCAGAAUACACUAAAGAAAAGGCACUUCAUUGUGAAGAAUCACUACCCCCUCCCUCCUCUUUUCUCGAAAAGCUGUCUUCUCCAGCACUCUAGUAUGGAAGCCCAUAGAGGGGAAAAAAAACAUAAGCUUUCUGGCAACAGUAUGUUAAAAUAUUUGUUUAUUGUCUCAAAAUAAUCAAGUUGACUAAAGUUGACUUACUAUGUUGAAAUAAAGACUUAGUAUCUCGUAAUAACGACUCAUUCCAAAAUAAUUACUUACAAACUUAACAUAUUUUCACACAGUCUCUAAUUAUUUAGAGAUUAAGUCAAAAUUUUGAGAGGAAAAAAGUCAUUAUUACGGAAUGCUAAGUCAAAAUUCUGAGACAAUGUCAUCUAGUCAAGAUGCCAAGUUAAUAUUUUUGGACAAUAAGUCAUUAUAUUGAAAUUCUAAGUCAGAACUUUGUGAGUCCUUAUUUUGAGAAGUUAAGUCAAUAUUUCAAGGACGUAAUUAUUUUUUUCAAGAUACUAAGUCAUUAUUUUGACAUACAGCUGCCAGAAACUUCAGAUUUAAACAGGAUUUCAUGAUCAUUUUUCUCCUCUACCUGGUCUGAAUGGGCUUCCAUACUCUAGAGCCAAAGGCGCACACGAGGGGAAAAUUAAUAUAAUCUGAGAGUAUUUCAUUGUUUCUUGCUGUUGUUCCACAUUCCUUGAAAGCGAGUGCUGGCCAGUGCACUUUAAGAGGCCUGGAGAGAAAAGGCUUUUGUAGAUCCCCGUCCCUUUCCCCGUUCCCAUUCUAGUUAAAGUUCAAAUACUUAUCAUGAUUCCGUACCUGAUUACAACAAUGUUUAUGAAAAAAAUUAUAUAUAUAUAUAAAAUAUAUAUAAACAUUAUGUACAAAAAUUGUCCGUCAUGGUUGAGUUUCUAUGUUUGUCUCUUUCUCGUUUGUUUUGAUAGUGGCAUUGUUGACGUGUUUGUAUGCUUUCUGAAAAGUGUCUUUAUUGCGUAUUUACGUUUUUUGGACAUUCCAUUCGUUGUUAAUGUAUUAAGUACAUGGGCAUUGAGGUCUAGGACAGGUUUAAAAUGUUCAGCUGGGUGGUCAGGUAAAAGAUAAAAGCGGACAGGAGGGAGAUGUGCGGUAUGCCAUCGAGUUUCAGAAAAGUAGUGAAGCAUCAUUUACUUCCUCUAGUGGUAUUUUUGUUUUUCUUGUUUUUUUCUUUUUUUUUUUGUAAUCUGUGCAGAAAGGAAUCUCUGGAAUAUUGGCACUGACUGUCCAAGUGUCCUCCCACAGAGUAACUGACUGAAAAGAGCAGUGGAGAGUGGGUACCUCAUAACUUGAUGUCUCCAACUCACACACACACACACACACACACACACACACACAUGCACACACUGUCAUGUACAAUAGAUAUGGAUGCAUUCGUAGGCUGGGUUGUUUGAUGCCCAGCUGCUGUACUGGAAAGUCGGGGACCACCAUUCGUUUAUUACGUUUCCAGUCAAAACAGCCAUUAAGUACAAGCUAUUGUACUAUGUAAAAUAAUUCACAAAAACAAAUGUCAGAAGAAAAUAAGUGAAAACUGGAAAAAUGAUUAAAAGCUACAGAGCAGAGGUGUCCAAUCUUAUCCACAAAUGACCGUUGUGGCUGCAGGGUUUCCCUCAAAACAGGCUGGAGCUCACCUAAUUCCACUUGUUUAAUCAGUUGGUUUCAGACUGCCAACCAGGUGAUCUCUUGCUUUGGUGGAAUGAAGACCUGCAGCCACACUGGCCCUUUGUGGAUAAGAUUGGACACCGCUGCUACAGAGAAAUCCUAAAAACCACCUGGAAGACCUGGUAGACACCAAAACUGCCCCCAUCAGAUAAACAGCACUUAAAGCUUUCAUCUUUGAGAGAGAGGAGAAAAUCAAGCUGCUUUAGAUCUGAAAACAUCCACAGGUGUUUCUGUCCAUCCUUCCACUGUGAGAAGACGACUUAGCGCUAUGGGUCUGAAAGGAUGUGUAGCUGUCAAGAAGAACCUCACUGAGAAAAGGAGAUAAACACAAACGAAGAACAUGUGAAGCAGAAGCAGAAAAUCCAGUCAACCUGAUCGAAGAUAUUCCUCAUAUUAGUUGAUGAGGCUCCUGUUCAAAUGUUUCCUGCUGAAAAAUGAAUAACUUGUACAUAAUAGCUGUUUUGAUUGGAAGGUAAAUAAACGAGGGGUGACCUUGCUCUUGUGCAGUACUGUAUUUUUUGCAUUGCAGCCAAAAUCCUGCAAGAGCACUUACCUGUGUGAACACUAGUGAAUGAAAUCUGGCACAUGCCCACACGCAGUUUUAGGGCAGUAUGCCUAAGGAGGGACAGAUAGCAAAGGACUUACCAACUGUCAAUCACAAACACAGGGAUAAUGUCAGCGUUGUGAGGCGAGCGAGUAUGAGUGAAUGCUGUAUGUGGUGUGUGUGUGUGUGUUUAAAAAAUCUAAUGGACGUUUAUGGGACAUUGUCAUAUUAGUUCAAUGAAGAGUCACUAUGCUUCCCCUAGUGCAGCGCGGACGUGAUGCAUUGAUGGGACUUUGUCAUGGUAGUUGAGUUUAGACUUGUCAUGGUAUGUGUGUGCGUGUGUGUGUGUGUGUGUGUGUCUAUGCAGUAUCCGCUAGCUAAUGCAGCCCCAGUGUAUCGGUGUUCAACCUGUCAGAUACCUGUGUUAGAUUAAAUUUACUCUGUACUGAAUAAUGUGAAAGUAAAACUAUGCCAUAUACUCCA